AUGCUAACGCUAGAUGAGGCCUUGGCUUUCAUCGCGUUCUGUGAUGAUGAGAUCCGUGACCCCAUGCCAAAAGAAAGUAUGCAAGGACUGUGUUCAUCUUUCAUGCUGGACGACAUUGACGAUCUGCUGGACCCAGUAGUCCAAGGAAUGAUCUCCGUGGAGUCAGGAAAUACCCCGUCGCCGAAGCCCAUCUCGAGUCUACCCCAGCUAUUAACAGUAUCGCCUACAAGACCGAGAAAACGAAUUCGGAGUGGAAUGGAAUAUGUGCGAACACUGGGGUCGCCCAUUUUUGAAGGAGCUCAUUUCGAUGAGUUGAUGAGUGAUCUGGAAGGUGAAGUAGACGUUACCUAUGCCAAUUUUCAUCGAAUGUGUUUACCGCUUCAAGACACUAUGCUCUACGGCAAUUCUGAAUUGUCGUAUGGUGAAAGGUGUAAGGCCAAUGGCAUGGAAUUUACGACCACGACGCCUUUGAGCUGGCCCAUGACAUCUGCAUUCACACAUGUGUGGAAUAUGCUCGAGAGCAGUUUGGAUCGAAGUCGCAAUCCCAACACACUGGAGAGAAGGGUCAAUCUUACGAUUCCAAUCCCCAAUGGUACAUCCUGCCAUUUCCACAAGCUUCACUUCCUGCGCAAAUUCGAGGAGAAUGACCGGGUCAUAAUCAUUUGGUCCGAUCUCAUGCAGAUGACGACAAGGAAUGUCAGGUUACGCUCGCUCGCCUAUGCUGUCUUCACUCCAUCCAAGAUUGAUCCAUCACAAGCGUGUAUUAUGUACACAUUUCUUAAGCUAUAUGUGGAACCAACCAGCUACGAAAGUGUGUCGCGCGACGACAUACGAUAUGCGCAUGAAGUCGUCAUGAGUGCUUUUGGUAGACUCAUGCGAACGUUCUGGCAAAACCACCAGAAUCGAUUGCUCGAGGUAACGUCUCGUCCAGAUACGUACUAA